AUGGUGAAUCAUUAAGCUCUACAAUCUGCGUCGGGCAAAGUUCUGUGUAAACUGUUGGACUUGGAUUCGCUCACAAGAAGUGCCGAAUGGAACAAACAGGACAACAGGCAAUUCAUACUUAAACAAGCGAAAAAUUAAAUUACAUAUUUUAUGACAUCAUACUUGGAAGUCGUCAGCGGUAGAUUGCGAGACGUCUUCAAAUCAAAUGCCUCUUUGUGCUGUUCAGAAGAAAAUAAACGUCAUCGUACAUUUGUACUGUCACAAAUGGAAUGGCAUCUCCUACGAGGAAGAUUUCCGUUUCUACGAAGUGCAAUUCAAUGAGGUCAUUCCAUUCGAAGAUGAUGCCAGCGGGCACGUAAUCGUUUCCUUUCGCAGCCAUCUUCUGCUGGAUGCCAUAAAAACAUUCCGACAUUAUUCGGAAGUUCUCCCGGUGUUACAUUCAUCAUUUAUGGAGCCAGCAGUUAGGAAUGAAUCUAGCCCCGAUGCCAUUACGUGGGAGAGGAAAACACAAUGGACGUACGAGAUGAACGAAACCCGCGAGGAUAACCACAUUGCGGGGGUUUGAGAACGUGAGGCUUUCCAGAAGUAUUCUCGUUAGCUUUCAUAAUUGAAGGAUUUUUUUUAUGGAAUUUCUUUUAAUACCUUGUGUUAUUGAGUUGGCGAUGAUUGUGUUUUUUUACAACAAGGCAGUAAAAUUUAGAUUUUCAUGGGAUGUGGUAAAUUAUGGUGAGAAACCGGGAUUCCGAAGCGUUCCUGAUUUAACACGAUGUUAGUACAAGUAAAUUAUGAG